UUUCACUGGAAAUGUAAAACCAAACAAAAAUGAUACUAGUUACAAAACAUGGUUUGCAAAAGCAAAUUGAAACUUACAUUCAUCAUCAUUAAUUUUUACCUUCUUAUCUGUAUCAUUAGACAGGAUUUUCAGCGUUCCAUUUGAGAAACCAAGAGCUAUAUAUUUUUCAUUCGAGCUGACCGAUGAUACAGGCACCUGGUAUUCAAGUGCACUAUGAUCGUCUUGUUUGCUCGAAUUCUCAUUGAACAUCAUCAAUUUAUAGCUGUUUGUUGCGAACAAAAUACAUUUUUUGAUGCUUCAUCCACGCUAAAAGACAAACUGUACUCAAAUCGGGAGCACUCGAAGUUUUACUGAUGUUGAAUGUACCAACCCGAAGAUUUGAAAAGUUCGUAUUAAGAAUAUUCAAAAGAAGACUGUGACUGGUGCUCUGGCCAAUGCUUCGCUGUUGCCUAAAUUGAACAAUAAACACAAUGACUCUAUCAAUUCUCUAUGAGUUGUGGCUUCUUUUUUGUCUAUAUCUUUCGCGUCUGCCGGUUCAUCCAAUGAAUCUUAACACUUCAGCACUUUGUUCAGGCAUUCCUGCAAAGGUUGACGGCAUAUUUUUGGAUCGAAUCGAUCAAUUGGAUCUUCAACUAAUCUGAAAUUAUUUGAUUGAAUCAAUUAAUUUAAUUCUUACGAAAAUUAACUUCAUCGAUUAUCGGUCACUCGAAAUUUGUCAAGGAAUAUGAUUUUAACCUAUACAAUGAGUAAGAAAGGAACAUGAUCAUCGGUUCAAUUAAUUCAAUGGUGGUAACUGCGUCCAAAUCUUGCAUGACAAUCUCUUGGCGAACGGCACGCAAUCGAUCAAAAAUAAAAUCAUAGGCAACAUGAUUGGGUUUUCGAUCAUCUCGAAUGAUUUCCGUUAGCAAAUAGUUUACAGUGCGUUUUAAACAAUUUUUCGUUCUCAAACUUUGUGGUUGUGGGAGUUUGAACACCAGCCGCCGAUCUGGCAAAUUCUUUGACUAGUUUUCGUUCGUCCACAAUAUAAUCGCCGGCUUUCGAUGGUUUUCGUUCGAAAAAAUGCAGCAAUUUCUCUCUGGUUCGCCUGUGAAUUGAAACAUGUUUUUUAUCCGAAAAAAUAAGAGAAUAUCGAAAGCAGUACAUACAAUUUGAUUCCAUUAUCUGGACACAUUGCCUCACAAGUUUCAAUCAUUGAAGAUUCCAUUAUUUAAACGGGAAUGUUUACAAUUAUGCACUGUUUACUAUGAAUUUUUACUAUUCUCUGCAGCGGAGCGAAUGUCAUCAAAGCGGUAUAGUUGAUGAAACUGAACAUGAGGUGAAUUCGCACGUGGUGAAUUUGUCGUACAUCAUGACACUCAUGUUCGUACCGUGCAACUGUAUUUGUGAGAUUGGUUCAUAACGAUAUGUCAAACGGUUUGACAUCUCAUUUCACAAACAUUGUUGAUUGCUUUCGGUUGUUCGGUUAUUCUAACUAAUAAACACGAAUUUUCGAUAGAUUUCGCUUUCAAAUUUCGACCACUUAAUAGAAACAUUCCUAGUUCUUGCAUACUUCGCUUAUUUGGACGCUAAAAUAACAUGUCUGGCUACGAUGUUCAUGACGAUGGUCCCGGCUUUGUCGGCAUUCGUUUCUGUCAGGAAUGCAACAACAUGUUGUAUCCGAAAGAGGACAAAGAACUGAAAAUUCUGCUGUACGCAUGCCGUAACUGUGAUUACAAACAAGAAGCCGACUCCAAUUGCAUUUAUGUCAACAAAAUUAUGCACGAAAUUGAUGAAUUGACACACAUCGUGCCGGACGUCAUAUCGGAUCCAACAUUGCCGCGGACUGAAGAUCAUGCUUGUCCAAAGUGUGGUCAUCGAGAAGCGGUGUUUUUCCAAGCCCAGACACGGCGCGCUGAAGAAGAAAUGAGAUUGUACUACGUUUGCACCAACCCAAACUGCACACAUCGAUGGACUGAAUAGAUUUGCCAUCUCCAAAUUAUCGCAUUAAGAUACACAAUUUGUAAUAAGCUAGCGUCAAGACAUUUCUUUGAUGAAAUAAAUAAACAUUAACAGUCA